AGAACCGAGUUUUCCUCAUACUUCCCUAAAAUUCAACAAUAAAAACCAACACUGACCUACUUCAGCUGCAGAAGCAGAAAAACGAGCACCAGACUUAGACUUUAGCAACUUUUGUACUUUACAACACGAGAAAAGGUCCCACGUCAGUGUUUUCUUUUCCAGCUAUGUGGUCGUGCACGUGCGUGCUGCUGCUUCUGUCGGCCUCCGUCAUGAGUCAGAUGGAUGAAACCACUCUGGAUGCCCACUGGGAAGAGUGGAAGAUGACACACACAAAAGAAUACAUCACCGUGGAGGAAGAGGGGAUCCGCAGGGCCAUUUGGGAGAAGAACCUGCGCAUGAUUGAAGCUCACAACCAGGAGGCGGCUCUGGGCAUGCACACCUACACGCUGGGAAUGAACCAGUUCGGAGACAUGACCCAGGAAGAGGUGGUGGAGAGGAUGACCGGUCUGCAGAUGCCGUUGAACCCUGAGCCCAGAGUUCCCAUGGAAACGGAUGGCAGCCUAAUCAAACUUCCCAAAUCUGUCGACUACCGCAAGAAGGGCAUGGUGACUUCUGUGAAGAACCAGGGUUCAUGUGGUUCCUGCUGGGCUUUCAGCUCUGUAGGAGCCCUGGAGGGCCAGUUGGCUAAAAAGACUGGCAACCUCGUCGACCUGAGUCCCCAGAACCUGGUAGACUGUGUCACUGAGAACGACGGCUGUGGGGGCGGGUACAUGACCAACGCUUUCAAAUAUGUACAGGAAAAUGGGGGCAUCGACUCUGAGGCAGCUUACCCCUACAUGGGAGAGGACCAGCCUUGCCGCUACAACGUUUCAGGCUUGGCAGCUCAAAUCAAAGGCUACAAGGAGGUUCCAGAGGGAGACGAGCACGCGCUGGCUGUGGCGCUCUUCAAAGCGGGUCCAGUGUCCGUGGGCAUUGAUGCCUCGCAGAACAGCUUCCUGUACUACCAGAAAGGUAUUUACUUCGACCGCAACUGCAACAAAGAAGACAUCAAUCACGCCGUGCUGGCGGUCGGCUACGGAGUGAACGCCAAGGGCAAGAAGUUCUGGAUUGUGAAGAACAGCUGGGGUGAAACCUGGGGCAACAAGGGCUACGUCCUGAUGGCUCGUAACCGUGGCAACGUCUGCGGCAUCGCCAACCUUGCCAGCUACCCCGUCAUGUGAGCGGACCCGUGUGGAGAUCUGAACGAGAGAAGAGAGGAUGGAGGGACUUUGCUUGGACUACUUCCCCUCAGAGAAAAUGUGUGAAGAGUUCAAAACCACUAUGAAAAAGCAUCACCAGGCUUGAACAGAUGAUUUGAAAACGUUUCCACUGUACUAGUGUGGUUUGGAAACUCAGUUGUGUGACCUUGGGUCACAACUUCUCUUAAAAUAUUGGAUCAGGACAUUAUGCUGUCAGCACUUUGGACCCCUGUGGUAUUUCACAUGAUCUCCAAAAUCUGCUUCACAAAACUGUUUCUUCUACAUCCAGAGGAGGAGGAAGCCCCAGAAACAAGAAACGCCACCAUGAAAACUUUUGUUAGUUUUUCCAAAGUAGUUACUCUUUUAGUCCCUGUUUUUGGUUUGACAUCCACAGAAAGCAGACACAUUGCUGGGCAGUGUGAGCUCCUCCUUUUCUGCAACUCCAUCACUUUUGUGUGUUUCAUUCCUGAUCAUGUGUUUGGUUGUUUUUGCUCCUUUCAGCACUUUUUUUCUAAUGAUUCAACUGUAAACGGAUGUUUUCUAACAAAACUCAAUAAAGGUUUUGAUUUUGAAGGUGAA